UUCAUGAAGUCCUUGAAGUGAUUGUGACAGUGUUGUAUCCAUUGUGAUAUUCGAGUGUUUGUGUGUAUGUGAGUUUUUGUGUUUCCACGAUGGAUUGGUGGUACAUCCCCUCACCCUGCUAUUUGGUGAUUCCAGGGGCGUCGUUGGUACCGAGGACUCCGCCCACUAUUGAGGAGCUCCUCUGGACCAUCCGGGACGCCUGGCCUCCACCCAGGAGUCUCUCCCUUGACAGUGAGCAGAGGGACAAGCCCGCCAAAGUUGCCGCAGAUGUGAUGGGGACAGGCAAGAAGGACCAGCCUGCGCCGAGGAUGGGACUUCCAUACAGACGAUACUCUGUGCCUGAGACUGUGAUGCGCAAAUACACGCUGAGUCGUGCCCAGACCUCAGCGUCGGACGUUGUGACCGCACCGACGCCGUCGGUACCUAGCAUCGGCACCAGCAGUGGAGCGGUGCGGCGCAUGUGUCACAAGGCUUGUCAGACCAGUGCGCCAGACAGUCAUCGCGCCGUCCCAACCGUCAACAUUAUACCUUCACAAGAGGUGUCCAAGCACAGUUCCAACUCAGAGUUGGCUCCGAGUGAGGAAGUGUUCGAUUAUGUCAGCGCGAACCAAAACCAAGUGUACAACGAGCUCAAUUUGCCGGGAGCUGUGAUCGAGUCCGCGAGAUUCCUCAGAGUUCCCGAUCUAAUCCUAGAUCCUCACGACAGUCCUCAAGUCUCAGAAGACGAUGUUGAAAACUAUGAUUCUGAACUUAGAAACUCGGUGGUGCUAGAUCAAGACAAGUGUACCGAGACUGAUAACACUUUGGACGAGAACUUGUCCAGUUUGAUGCAAAGUGAUAUUCAACAUGAUAAACUAUCAACAUCACGUUCGAGAAUAGAAUCAUCGUAUAUUUCAAAUGGAUUACAUGCGGAAUCCAAUCAGAGAAUUAGUCCGCCUGGUGAAAGACACCACGAUCAGAUAUUCACGGAAGAGUUGACGAUAGAACAACAACUUCAUUUUGAACAAUCCCUGUCUCCCGAAGGCACUCCCACUCCCGCCCCGACCUGUCACACGUACGACUCCCAAGGGAACAUGCUGAGUGAGUGCUACAUCACGGACUGCGAAGCGUGCAACGCCGAGGGAAGAAAGUGCUGCAGUCUCGACGAUUCUGGAUCACAAUCAUGUAGUUUUACGAGUCCUGAAAUGAUGUCAUCCAAUGAACUAAAGUCGUCAACUGACUUUACGACUAGCUCUAUGACUCUCGACCAAACCGUUAGCGAUAGAACGACGUCAACUCAAGACUCGACGGUCAGUUUAACGUCAAUUACUCCGGAAAGUGCCGAAUCCAAAGGAAAGUGUUCAAACAUAAAUAUUUCACCGAUACUAGUCAUAGAUUCUGAAACGACACUUGUAGACGUCUCACCUAAGAGCAAACAGAAAGACUCAACUCAUCAAUCAGAAUCUAAUCUCGAUGUAAAACCAAAACCAUUGGAUUUAAUAAGCGCUGUAAUAAGCUGUGAAAGUGGCAUAGUACCUGAGCCUCAAAAUUUAUCGAACAAUAAAAUCAUAAACAAAAAUACCGAAGAAAAAGAAGAGAGAAAAAUAUCAAUUACUUCCCAGACGUAUUUAGAGCUAAACAACAAUAAGAUAACAAUGACAAAGGACAUAUACACUCAAUUAUCUGAACCUUUAUCAACCAUCAAAGAAAAUGAAAUAUUUCAAACUCUUCGAGGUGGUGCAAAAUAUCAAGCAGACCAUUACUUAUAUAUCUCUGAAUCCGAGUCUGGAUUGACACAAGGUUCAGUUAGUAGUACAAGUACAAACAUGGAAGGUAAUCAAAAACUUGCAGGCAAUCAAGCAACUAGUCAUUUAUACCUGACAGAAACCGAAUCAACACCAACGGAAGAUACAGACCAUAGAGUUAAUAAAAAUAUAACAGGAGCUUAUAAAACAGACUUUUUAUACAUGACUGAAUCUGAAUCGUCCGUAGCACCUAAAACUACGUCUUCAGACACUACAGAUGCUGGUCACGACCAACCAAAAGCUGGAAACUACACAAGCAACUACAUGUACAUGAGUGAAUCUGAAUCGUCAGGAUUAACUAAAACGGUGAACAAUGGGAAAAAUUCUAAAAGAAGUAAAAAGAACGGAGGGAACUAUUCGAAAAACUAUUUGUAUAUGACAGAAACUGAGUCCCCGGACACCUGCAGAACCUCAGCUUCAGAGAGUAAAGAUGUUGAGAUCAAAGAAACUUCAGUUCAUCAAGACAUUACUGGAGCUUACAAUACUAAUUACUUGUAUAUAACCGAAUCCGAUUCAUCAGAAGUUACUGGAUUGGUACACUCAAAUGUAAAAGAGGGAUCAGAAUUGAUUAGGAAGAAUGCUGGAACUUACACGAAAAACUAUAUGUACAUGACAGAGUCAGAUUCUCUGGACACUAGAGGAACAGCACGUACAGACACUGAAGAACAUACUGACAUAAAGGAAGGGAAUGAUAAAGAGGAAUUAGAAACAGAGGAAGAAAAUGAAAAAUCUCCAAAGGCACUUGAAACUGCUACGAAAAGUGCCGGAAACUGUGCAACUGAUUAUCUGUACAUGACCGAAACAGAAUCAUCCGAUACUAAAGAGCGAGAGGUAGACAAAGAAGAAAAGUUUGAGAAACGCAAGAAUGCAGGAAACUAUUCUUCAAACUACAUGUACAUGACAGAAUCUGAAUCACCAUCAGAUACAUGUAGAUCAGAAGAGAAUAGGAAUAUUAAAACUGUUAAAUCAUCUAACUAUGCAACUGAAUGUUUAUACAUGACAGAAUCAGAAAAAUCUAAGGAAACAACAACUUCAACUCCUGUCAAAGAAGAUACAGCUGUUUCAAAACAAGGUGGUAACUUUACCACUGAUUACUUGUAUAUGUCUGAAUCAGAUUUGUCAGGAAAUAAAGUCACAGACGUACAGAGUGAAGUAGAAGCUAUUGAUCAGAAAGCUUUUGGAAACUCUACUACAAAUUAUUUGUAUAUGACUGAAUCAUCAAGUACAUCAAAAUCACAAGAAGAUGAAAGAUAUCACAAAAAUAAGAAAACAGGUGGGAGAAAUGCUACAAGUAACUUUUACAUAACUGAGUCUGAAUCAACGCCAACAACUAAACGUUUGUCUCAGAGUGAAGGAGAUGGAGAAUGCAAGGGGUUGAGCUAUCUUGGAGAAAAUAAGAGUGGAAAAUGUACCACUGAUUACUUAUACAUGACCGAGUCCAACUCCUCGGACAUCACCAAAGUUUCAACACCAGAAAACAAAAAAGAUAUUUCAAAAAAUGUUGCUGGAAACUACACUAAAGGCUAUUUGUAUAUGACAGAGUCAGAGUCAAGCAAAACACAAUCAUCAAGUGAGAAAAUUCAAAAUGCAAACAUAAGUCAUAAGCCAAGUAAAAACUAUAAAACCAACUAUAUGUAUAUGACAGAAGAUGAAUCCGGUUUCAAUCCUGAUUCGCUUGAAAUAAACACACCAUGCUCUAGAGACGAUUUUGAAAUGGACUCACUUGCCAUAAACGAGUCAACCGAUGAAUCAAACAUGUUGGAAAAUUUGGGAUUUACUGAAACUUGUUCUAUACUAGAUCGUAAUUCUGAUGUGACCAUUGCCAACACAACCGUCGAACUUAGGAGUGAAAAUACACAGGAUAAAUUCUGUGGCAAUAUAAAAUAUGAAGUAAUUUCAAAAUGUAGUGAUGCUGCAAAAGGUAAUUUCAAAGGGAACGUCAUGCCUGCUUUAGAAGACAAACUAGGACCCCAGCCAUGUAAUUUGUUGACCAGUAGAAAAACAUCAAGUCCACCAAUGAAAACCAACCAAAACUAUGAUUUAGAAUGCAAUAUAUCGGUUGAUAACGAGAAUGGUAAACUCGUUGACCAAGAAACUACCAUGGGCUCCGUCGCUGGAGGUACAUAUUGGGAAAUUCCCGGUAAGGAAUUAGUAAUUCCAAGAUUUUCUGCACUACCUCGUACUCUAUCAAUGAUAGUCAACACUUCCUCAAUGGACUGUUCCAGUGACAGUGACUUGAGCUUGGCCGAUAGUCUGGAGGAUAGUAAAAGUGACGAUAAGAACAGAGGAUUAAAACUGUACAAUAAAUACGACAAUAGGCUAGUCAGGGGUGACGUAAUCACUCUUCUACCUGAAGAAAGUGAAGCUCCCAAAAAAACCUCCAAGGAAUCACAAGCGUACUUUUUAUCAAUCACUGGUGAGGAAGGUGAAAUAAAAGUAGAACAGAUUCCUGAAGAACUGAAAAAGAAGUUGUUGAAAAGAGGGUUGGAAGUAAAGAAACACUCUGAUCAAUUAUCAACCCAUGCUCAUAAGUGUAAAGGUAAAAACUGUUUGAAGAAAAGUAAAAAACAACACCACCACUGUUGUUCAUCCGCUGGUGAUCUUUCUUCUAAAUGUAGUAGCAAAACGAGGUCACUUGACGAAUUUUCUGGGAAAAUGUCAAAAUUUACACAAUGGGAGGAUUUAGACUCCAGUAAAGACUCUUCUGACACCCUAGUGCCUUCAGAUUCUUCGGAAAAAGACAAAGACGUUAUUUUCCAAGGAGACUACAAACUUAAAGAUGUUUCCACAUCCCCUCGCAAAUGUGAGUUUAUAGACAACGAUCAACAAAACGACUUAAACUGCUGGCUGGAGACGGUAAACAGUAGUGCAACGGUUGAUGAUGAAAAUGACAAAGAAAAUAACAAAAAUACUGCAACAACAAAAAGAAAAACUGAUAAGAAACCAAGUCCAAGAUUUAAAACAAAAGCAAAAGAAGUUCAAAGAUUACAAAAUAAAUGGGUACAAUGUGAAAAUAUGCCUCAUGUUGAUUCUGACGUAGACAAAGAAAUAUCACAUUUACUUAUUGAAAACUCAAACGAUGAAAAUGAGAUCGAUUCAACAGGCGGGAAAAAGUUGAAAUGUGCUGACCACCAAGUGCCUUUUUCAAAGGACAUGUUUGUACAAGUGUCUGAAGACAUACUUGUGCAAGAUAUUGUUGAUAGUGACGUUAUUAGUAAUGCAGUCACUGAAUCAAAAUCUGUUCAAACACCUUUAAACAACAGCAGCGAAUUGUCAAAAAGUAAAAAAGAAAACCCAAACAGAAAUAAACCUUUACUUGAGGACCCAAGUAAUAAACUUGAGUUAAAUUUAACUGGUUCACCGAGAAUUAAUCAUGAAAAUUGCGAGUCUGAAAUACAAAUUCUGAAUGUCACAAGUGAAAAGGACGAAGAAAGAUGCAAAACACCAGUUUUAGGAGAGAGGCCUGACAGCAAAACGGACAAUAUCACAAAACUAGAAAAGCAGCUCAACAAACCUACCCCAAAAUUCAACGUUAAAUCAACACCAUCACGCAGGCCAGGAAACUUGGGUACCAGAUUCAAACAAAAAUUUGAAGUGAUUCCAGAAGAAAAAAGCGGGUCCUUCGAGUCUUCAAACGACGAGAAAAAAUCCCCGAAACCAACAAGAGGCAGAAGAGCCUCAAUGCCGUCUGAGAUAAUACUGAAAGAUAUCGCUCACAGUCAAAACAAAAGUAGCGACAGCAGCACAAGCAGUUCCGACAAAAAAGACGAUGAAUGUGUUCGCAACUUCCAAAGCGGUGAAGGCGAUUACCCCAGAAGACACACGAUCCAUGGCAAUCUCACUAGAAAUACAAAAACCGAAGUCAAUAAUCAAGACAAAAACGAGCACUCGAGAAGGCACACGAUCCACGGUAGUUUAUCACUUUCGAAAAGCGACGCAAUGUUGAAACAGCUCAAUCUGCUUGGAGGGACGUUGCUAAAGGGGCGAGUGUUUGGGAAACAGUCGGGAGUUAUGUUCGGGCGAUUCCGGCCGAUAAAUGAAGAGACUCAGGUGCAGAAAGACGAGAGAUCUCUUGUUGAGGAACAGCUGGAGCGUCUGAGAGGAGAUGCGUCCAAGGGAAGAGAAGCACUGGCUGUGGCUCAGACAGAAGGAGAAUCAGAAGAUCUGCUCACUCUGUCUAAAGGAUGGAUCAACUUCUACCUGCUGGGAGACAGCCAAGACCUCAACUCUGACGGCAGCAACGCUGAUGAAGGAUCGAAAGAUGGCCGAGGGGAGGACAGAAAGCGAAGCACACCUUUAAUGAAGACUGUCACGGUGGUCGGCAAGUCAGAGGAAGACCUUCGACAUCAGUUCACCGUUCAGAUCAACGCUUCUCCCGAAACUUGUCCAGAGGCGGGGAAACUUCCGAACAUCUGCGACCAGAACAAGAGCUUCAAGACUCCUUCUCUCUCCCCCGAUCUGACACUCCCAGACAUCACCCCUACAUCUUCCCCAGCCACCACCCCUCCCCUGCCAGACACUCCCCACCUCAAGCCAGAACUGCCGCAGAUCAACCCCAAGAGUAGAAACAAACGGAACGAUAAGUUCAAGAACGGAAAGAAGCCAGAGAAGACGGAGAAGCGAGAAAAAGUUCAGAUUGAUAAUGACCAGAAUCUGAGGUACAUGAAGCUGUCGUCGAUGAAACACGAACUACAGACGGAGAAGACUUAUUUUGCUAGAUCAGGGGAAGUUGCUUGUUCAGAGCUGUCGCAAUCUUCCUCAACGUCAGUGACUGCGGACAGCCCCACUCUACCUAGUAUAAAGUGGCCGUCGCGCCAGUUACAACGUAGGUCGCACUCACGCCAUCUACACACUCGUGCUGCUUCCAACAAUGCGCCAGCCAACCCCCAGGCUUGUUGGACGGUGACACUUGCAGGUAGUAGCGGCAACCCUACACAACCACCGCCUGACGUCGAGAUGAGGCUUAGCUUCAGUAACCAGCAGCGAGGCCCUGCUACUAGCCAGUCAGACUCUGGUCUGGGAGAAGACGGGCCCCCGGAGCGGGGUCAUAGAGGUCAUCACGCACUCCCCCCGCCGAGCAAACACCCUCCACCCGACACUAGUCAGUGGAAAGUGCUGCUGAAGACCCACCAAGAAACCGAGAAAUCCACUGAUCAAAUAAAAGCAGAGAAGCGAGCAAGUCUACCUGAUUUCAACUUCACACCCAGCACUGCUCGACAAAAGAAAAACAGCAAGAGAGGAGGGAGGUGUCAAGAAGACCCGUCGAGACCCGGCUCUGUCCAAGUCCAAGAAAUCCUAGAACACAACAUCAGUCUGCACAAGAGCAGCCUCACCGAGGAGGAGUGGGUCGAAGGGCUGAGCGUCACAGGCCAAGCAAUCACUCCCGAGCGCAAACCACGGGUGCCAACCAUGAGCGAGCGGGACCUGACACGCCAGUGGUACCACCGUGCACGACUCUUCCAAUGACUGAGACAUCUCUGCGACGGACAGACAUGUCUCCAGCAACCUGCUGACGAGCGCCACACUCUUGGACGGAGGUUAACGGUUCUACUAGAAUCGUUAAUUUUCCCAGAAGUGGACUUCACAAGGGGUUCUUGCCUAGUCAAAGCCUUUGAGGCACAAAGAAUAUUUUUAAGGAAAGGUUUCUACGGUGCUUACAGACGUUCACGUAACUCGAAUUUUGUAAGUUUGUUAUUUGAUUUGUUUAAAAUUUAUCAAUUAAGUAUCCUUAUUAUAUUUGUCUUGAACCUAUAAGUGCUGUAAUCAUAACAAGCCUUAGAUAUGUGGAUAAUCAAGACUGCUCAUAUUUAAAUAACAAAUCCACAAGAAGACAUUUACUGAAGUUGAUUUCAAAAAAUUUUGUCUACAAUUUAUUGACCAUUUAUCGUGAAUGCUCAUGAAAAUAGUGAAUAUAUUUUCAACAAUUAUAAGUUAACUCGCAAACUAAUGUACAUGGAAUCAUGUAAAAAUGCCAAGAAUUUAAACAUUGCAAUCAUUAGUAAUCAUAAAGGUUGGUAGCUUUGCAUUGAAUCAUAAAAAAGUACGUUAAGUGCCAUCGGAGAUGUAGUGAGAAUUAGAAGAAAACAUAAUAGAUACCUAUUAUGUAGUAGAAGAAAAAUAACUGAUAACCCCGAAUAAUAUAAAAUAUUAUUGUGUAAAAAAUAACUGAAAAAUAAUACUAACAUGCAAGAAAAGGAUUUUAAAGUGAAGGUACACCCAUCUAUAUUUCAAAUAUAAUUUAUUCCUUGAAUCCAAAGACCACAUAAUUAAGUCAAUCUUAAUGUUGUCAUAAAACAAAGUUGAACUAGUAACUAGGUUUUAUACAUUUUAUAAGUUAAUGUUUGUAAUUUAUAGUUUAACGCCAUACUUAAAAUAGUUUGUUCCUAAAAACCACAUGGCUAAUUGUUACAAAUUUGUAUGUUAAUGUUUCGUUUUUGUUUUUACAUGUUUAACUGGUUACAACUAAAAUGCAUUUUAUAUGUGUAUAUAAUUUAUA